GCUCAUUGUCCAGCCCCUCCCAUCGGGCAGGGUCGGCGUCGGCGUCGCUCGGCGUCGUUCUCAACUCCGACGCGCCUCCUUCGGGGGGCGCCGGCGGCGGCGUCGGCAGCUGGGAGGGGACCAGCGCCAUUUGUGACGAAGAGUGACACCUUAGUGUGGAGCUGCCACUCAAGUCGGGGAGCUCAGCCGGAGCCCAGGCCCGGCCCAAGGCGUUCAAGGCGCCGUCAGACUCGCGAGCAGACAGCCGACCCACGGCGAGGACACCCCGUGCGGCACGCGACACCCCGCCAGGACGAAGCAGUGCAAGGAGCUGCAGGACGAGGCGUGAACAAGCAGUGCACGGGGGUAGUGCGGUGCGUGUCGCGGGCGGGCGCUCGGAGGCGCGCGUGCCGUUGAGUGACAGGAGGGUGAGCUGCUCAGCUGAGAGGCCGGGCCCGGGUAGGCGGGAGGGCGGACCGGCGCCGCGCGGCGUGGCGUGGCGUGGCGUGGCUCCUGUCAAUCAUCGCGGCAGGCGGGCCGGGCGGGAGGAGGGAGGGCCCGCGGGGGGCCGGGGGCGCCACCGCGCCGCCAGUGGAGGUGCGACCGCGGCAGGGGCAGGCGCCACCGCGGUGUGUGUGCUCAGGGCGCGCGGCCGCGACCAGCACGACAAGCGGACCGUCCAGAUGCACGCCGGCCGGGAUCGACCGCCGACCACUGCUGCUGCGCCCCGACCAUGAGCAGGUGAUGUAGCGGUGGCGGCGCAGCGGGAUGAUGCAGGAAGGCAGCGUGAUGGUGACGCAGGGCUACGACCAGGCCGUCGCCGCGGGGCCGGUGGUGGUCGCGGGCGCGGGCGGCCCGGACUACCAGCCCGAUCAGGCCCAGUUCGAGGCGGACAAGCGCGCCGUCUACAAGCACCCUCUGUUCCCGCUGCUCGCUCUGCUGUUCGAGCGGUGCGAGCAGGCCACCCAGUCCGCCGAGUGCCCCAACUCGGACAGCUUCAACAUGGACAUCCAGGCCUUCGUGCAGCACCAGGAGCGGGACCGCAAGCCCUUCCUUAUGGACGACCCGGAGGUGGACGGACUGAUGAUUAAGGCGAUCCAGGUCCUACGGAUCCACCUCCUGGAGCUGGAGAAGGUCCAGGAGCUGUGCAAGGACUUCUGCAACCGCUACAUCACGUGCCUCAAGGGCAAGAUGCAAUCCGAGAAUCUCCUGCGCUCGGACUACGCUUCGAGCUACGAGCACAACAAUAAUAACAACAGCUGCCACUCGAGCGAGAGCAGCUCGCCCCCAGGACAACUACCCAGCUACCCCACCUCCCCGCACGCGGGCCACCUCACCCCCGCCUCCCCUCACCACGUCCAGGUGGUGUCCUCUACAGGAGGCGGCGGCUGCGGUGGUGGCGCGGGGGCAGCUUCCCCACAACUCCAACAGCAACAGCAGCAGCAGCAGCCACAGCAGCGCUUCCUUGGCCAUGCCGGGGUUGCCGGGGCCGCGGGUCCCGGGUGUGGAGACCUGCUAGGCGGCGUCGGCGUCGGCGUGGCGCCGGUGGGGUGCCUCCCGGCGGGCGGCGGCUACAACGUGGUCCUCUCGCCGGCCACCCCUCCGGCGGCGCCGGUGCCCGCCUCGGUCCCAGGGUCCCCGGGGGUCCCGCUGGGCUGUGGUGCGCUGUCGGUACCGCCAUCGUCGCCCUCCCCCGGACUCAUCCACGGCAGCACGCCGCUCUCCCAGAUCGGAGCCCACCCCUUCCCGACGCCUGCCGAGAGCAGCAUGCUGCAAGGUGCCCUAUCUCCAUCCCCGACAUCUCCUGGUUCCGGUGAUGACGAUGACGACUUUUUGGGACGAGGGAAGAAGCAGAAACGUGGAGUUCUCCCCAAACACGCUACGUCUAUAAUGCGGUCGUGGUUAUUCCAGCAUCUAGUGCAUCCGUACCCAACAGAGGAUGAGAAACGUACUAUAGCAGCUCAAACAAAUUUAACUCUGCUUCAAGUGAACAACUGGUUCAUAAAUGCAAGGCGCCGCAUUCUUCAACCUAUGUUAGAUGCCUCCAGCUCUACUGAUACAACAGCUGCCACUAACAAUGGUGGAAGCAAAUCAAGUGCUAAUAAGAAGAGCAAGGUUGGAAGAGAAAAUGCUAGUAGUGCAUUGACACAACGCUUCUGGUCAGAAAAUAUGGGAUUACCUCACCUCUUGGUACAAGAUCACAAUGGUGCUGGACAUGGAGAAUCGUCAUUAAUGAGUUCUGGAGGAGAUGAUAGUGAUGGAGAAGGGGAAGCAAGCUGGAGUCAGGAAGAGGAUGAUGAUGAUGAGGAUGGUGCUGAUGAAAAUAAUGGGGAUCUUAUUUCUAACAGAAGUCACCACCGCCUCAAACCAGAGCCUAGCUCAGAUUCAGAGCAAUGACCUGUUUUGAAACAAAAUGUAUACUAGCAACCUAGAGGCCUAUUACCUCCAAACUACUAUUAGUGAACUAUUGUUAAUAUUGCAGUUCAUAGGGCUAACUUUUUGUAUACGUAAUACUUACUACCAACCAGAAUCAAUGUUACUGGUCUUGCAACCCAAACAAUGCCUUUUUCCUUUUGGAAAAUUCUUCUUGUAUACGAUAGAAGUAUUGUUUAAUUUUGCUAAUUCAGUAUUUGCUAUGGCGAUUACUUAUCCAUAUUUGACUGUGAACUUUGUAAACUUAUAUUAUGUAUAACAAGUGAAUUCAUUUUGAUUGUCAUUUACCUCCAUGAGAGUGCAAAAUGCGUAAUUUCAUAAUUCUAUUUCAGCUCUCAUGGCAUUAAACUUAGUAUACGCUUGCCUCAACCUGAUUGCUCAUUCUGCAGGUAUACGAUUUUAACUACUUAAAUAAUACAUAUUGUAUUUUGUAACUAAUUUAUUCAUUCUUGAGGUAGCAAUCACCUGCAUUUUUCUUAAAUCUUAUUCAGCAGGUGUAAAUGCUCUAUGUUACUAUAUCAGUCCAAAGGCAAAAACAUGCCUGGGAUAUUUUUUCACAGGACUUAUUAAUGUAGUAUGUACCAUUGUCUUGUAUACGAUUAGAUAUGGUUUAUCUAUUUCAAAUUUUAUUUUGCAAUCUUUUACAAUAUGUAAAUGAUUGUACACUUUGGACAAUACUGUACAUGUUUGUAUAGAAGUGAUUGUUUUCAAAUGUACAGAUUAGUAGAUAAACAAUAUUAAGGAGUUUUGUGCCAUUUCUGCUGCCAUAUGAUGUACGUAUGUCUCAUUUCAUGUUUCAUAUGCUUGUAUCGCAGCUUUCUGCAAGGGUAAAUAUCCUUAAUCAAGUACAAAUUACCUGGAUAUUUCUUGCUGCCAUGCACAUUUUAGAAUGCUAUUCCAUACAUAGCAUAGGAAGUAAGUCUAAGUGAGAACUAAAAUCUCUCUAAAUGCAGAAAAUUGUCAAGUCAUUUGUCCGUUUUGAUUGUUACAACAUAUACCUGAAUAUUGGUGAUGGGCAAUAAGAAAUCUCAUCUCUUAGCAAACUUGCACUUACCUCCUUAAGAAUUUUUUAGCUAGUCAUUAUGCAAGUUCUUUGCUCUGAGGCUGCGAUGCAAGCUAUUUUCUGCUCUAUGUCCAUUUUAAGUCUAAGGUAUUUAAUGUUCUUGGUUUCAUGGAAACAGUAAUAUGUUAACUGUUCAGUAUAUUUUAUAUCAGUGUGAUAUGAGAGACAAACUACCCUAUGUUCAGGCUCUAACAUUUGGAAAAUUACUGUUGAUUUCUUAUGAAAUUGUGCUAGUACUAUUUCCAUCCAUUCCGGACUUUUAAAUUCACAGUUCUGAGCCCAAUGUUACAUUACAAAUUGGUGAGCUAUUGUAGCUGUUAUUCUGUACCAUCAUUGAUCUCAGUGAGUCAUACCAUAAGCUCUUUGAAGAUUUCAUAACAAUUUGAGUUAGGAUUUUGCCAAAUUGCUACACUUUUAGCUAUAUUUUAAAUCUGAAUUCUCCUUUAUUCUCCUUCAGCUGACAACAUGAUAGCCAAAUCUUUUGUUUCGUUAAAAAGUGUCUUAAAAUUUAUUGAUGAUGAAUCUUUUAUCACUAUCAAGGCAUUUUAAAGUAAAGUUGAGAUAAUUCCCUUUCAAUAACCAAAUGUGUGACAGUGAAUGUGUUACUCAAUUUUUACUCAGUCUGAAGCCGUUGUUUACUUUUUUCACGGCAAAUGGUUGUUGAUUUGCUGUAAUCUAUGAAAGAAACACAUAAUUUAUAAGUGGCUGUAGUCUUCCCCAGGCAGCAAAGAGUAACCAUGCAGUAGUGUGUGCAUUUGUUGCUCUUUUUUAAACCAAAAAUGUGUCAUUUAUGCACUUCCACUGUGCUGGUCUGCUACUAGGGUAAGGUAACAAAAUUCUCCAUUUUAAAAAUUCUUUUCAACCUACAGUUUUAUAUUUAUUAUGGCAACUUGUAGUAUUUGAAGCAAGCUGUGUAUUUGCAUUCUAUUGAGCCUGGUUCGAUGUGUAGCAAUAAUAGGUGCCUGUAAACUGAUACUACUAUUGAAACCUCGUAACACAGCUAAUGUCUAAUGUCAAACAGCGUUUUCAUGUUUGACUUUACCUAUAUUAAUGUUGUCAGCAGGAGCUGAAAAAUGAGCUCUUCUGCUUGUCUUCCAACUAAAGGUAAACCUAUUUGGUGAGCUUUAUUCAUCCCUUGGAGUAUGAAUGAGCUAAAUCCUAUGUGAUUUGCUCUAGGUGAGAUAUUUUCAGUGAUCUUCAUAUAGAUUUUAUGUUUAAGCUAGUUGAAAUUAGAACAUAGAGCUCUUGCCACUAUGUAAGUUUCAUGUGCUUUCUUGAAUGAAAGAAGUUAUUAAGCGGAAUCUGCUCAGUCUUCUUUGAUUAUGUUAUAGUUUGUUUUCCUUGUGUUGUUUUUAACUUGGAUUGAACUUGUUUUUCAACCAUGUGAAACUCUGCAUUAACUGUCUGUGAUAUUGUACUGUAUGAAAGUUGAAUGUUCUUUAUAUUUUGAUAGAUUCACUGUGCUGAUAAAGAAAUGGAUGACAUUGUUAACGACUAUUGGCUUUCCCCAACAUUUUGAGGAAAUUUACAGCUAUCAAAAUUUCCAUUGAUAAAGUUGAAGCAGUUAUUUUAAUCAUUUUGUACACUUUUUGUUAUCUGGAGCUGUUUCUUGUCUUUGUUUCCACACAAGUUGUCAAAAAAAAAUAAAAAAUCCCAAAUUGACAUUGAAAUUAUUACAAAAAUUUACAACUCCAAAAUUUCUUUGAAGGAACUGUGUAUGUCAACAAUUGUAUCCAUUAAGCAUCGAAUGUUGUGUUAUGUGAAUUUCAGCCAGAGAAUCUGCCUACAUUAAACAUUCAAAAUAAAAUAGAA